GCGCACGUGACGAGCGUUCUUUGCAAUGACCUCAUCUCUGGUGUGGGAUGACGUCAAAUUCAAGAUGGAUGGAAUCACGACCAGCGCGCAGAAAGCGACACAACAGUGAAUAAAGUGGAGGCUGGUGGAGGAGAGGCCGAGCUGACGACGGGCAGGCCAUGGAGAGCCUUGUGCAUUACAGCAACCCCUCCCAUGCUCUCUCAGUGUUGGGGGUUCUCAAUGAGCAGCGACUGCGAGGCCAAAUGUGUGAUGUGGUCCUGGUGGUGGGGGACCAGAGGUAUCAUGCCCAUAAGAGUGUUCUGGCUGCCAGCAGUGAGUAUUUCCAGUCCCUGUUCACACGACUGGACACGGAGUCACUCAAAGUUGUAAACCUGGACUUCUGUGAGCCAGACGCCUUUGAGAUAGUUUUGAAUUACAUUUACUCCUCCUCACUCUUUGUGGACAAAGGCAGCCUGGCAGCCAUUCAAGAGCUGGGCUACAGUCUUGGAAUCCCUUUCCUCACCAACAUUGUGUCAACAAGGCCACAUGCAUCCUACUGUGUGUCAAGAAAAAGGCUUUCGUUCUCAGAUGGGGAUGAGAAUGAUAUCCAGACAAGGAGCGUCAUUGUGUGUCGGGUUCGGAAUGACACAGCCAAUCCCUCUCGCUCAAGUUAUCAGAGAAAAACCUCAGAGAAAUCAUCGUCUCUGCACUCUAUUCGAGGGUCAGCUCAGCCACCACCAGAACACAACUCUGAAUCCAGCAGGAAGUCACCUGAACAGAAUGAAGCUUCUGAGAAGAAGCUCACCUAUCCGUACAGCCCCAUUUUAAAAGGAAAUUCAUCACACAUUACAUCUGUUAGGCCCCAGCUGACUUCAUCAGUAUCUUUCAGUGAUGCUGAAGUGCAGCACAUCAGGCUGCAGUCUAGCACUGAUCAGGACACAACCGAGGAGAAUGAAGAGGAGUCCCACUAUCAUACCAAAGUGCCAUUUCAGGGUCAGGCCACUGAGCCUAGCCCGACCAUCGACAGGAGCGGGCCGCUUAUAAAGAGCCUGCUACGAAGAUCAUUGUCCAUGGACAGCCCAGUUCCAGUCUUCUCCCCCACACUGGAGCUCAAGGAGCUGCAAAAUCGAGAGCAGUCAGUUGUUAAAAUGGCAUCAGAAGCAUCCGGGCUAGAAAAAUCUGCCCACAAUGGUAAUUCAACUAGAACAUCUCCUCUGGUUCUCAGGUCAAAGUACUCCAGCAGGAGGGUUGAAUCAACUCAGGUAGACCAUGAGGUCAGUGUGAAAGCAGAACCCAGCAGCCCACUCGCUGACCCCAUGGACAUCAUUCGGAUCACAGUUGGAGAUGCUUUGCCAGUCAAUCUCAAAGAUUUGCAAACUAAUUAUGAUGAAGGUUCCAGGGCAGACUUUAAUGCUGUGGGGAAAAGAAAGGACAGACCCGAUAACAGAAGGUACCCAUUCAAGAAGAGCAAAUUCUAUAAAGAACAUACUCUGUCACUGGAUGUGAACAUGUCAGAAACAGCCUCUCAGCAUGCCAGCAGUGACCCUAAUGAGGACAGCGAGGAGCCACCUCAGAACAAGAUUUUCAAAUGCUGGAAUUGUUUAAAGGUUUUCCGGUCCAGUGCAGGACUUCACCGACAUGUAAAUAUGUAUCACAACCCGGAAAAGCCGUAUGCUUGUGACAUCUGCCACAAGCGCUUCCAUACCAACUUCAAAGUGUGGACACACUGCCAGACUCAGCAUGGUGUAGUACAAAACCCAGCAUCAUCCUCCAGCUCCGCUAUGCUGGAUGACAAAUUUCAGAAGAAGCUAAUAGAUAUUGUGCGAGAGAGAGAAAUAAAGAAAGCUUUGCUUUGGAAGCUGAAGAGGAAUAAGCAGGGUUUGCAGUCUCCUACACUUGCCAAAAAGAGGUCAAGGCCCAGCUUCAUCUGUCCUUAUUGUGGGAAAAUGUUUGUAUUCCAGUCUCAGUACAGACAGCAUUUGAGGACACAUCCUGCUGAAAAGGCUGACCAGGACACAGCGAGUGAGAGCAUCCUCUACCAGGAACAGGAUGAGAUCAGUCAUCAGAAGAACACUGACACUGGUGUUUACUCCUGUAGACUUUGUAACAUGAAGCUGUCAUCGCUCUUAGAACAGGGUGACCACGAGAGAGGCUGUCGACAUUCAACUGUCUGCCCUUACUGUGGCCUCCGAUUCUCAAGUCCAGUUGUCAAGAAGGACCAUGAGGCACAUUGUAAGUACAAGAAACUGACAUGCCUGGAAUGCAUGCGGACUUUCAAAUCGUCCUUCAGCAUAUGGCGCCACCAGGUGGAAGUCCACAACCACAACAUGAUGACUGUUAAAGACCAGAUGCACCUGAAGCAACAAGAAAACAGUGAAGAAGCGUCAGACAUCCUCAAAGAGGAGCAUUGCAGUGAUGAGCCUCUACCAGCUGGAAGUUCUAGAGAGAACAUUAGUUACAGUGACUCCUCAGGUCCACCCAUGUACGACUCAGAAGACUCCUCAUCCUAUGUGCCUGAGGACCUGAGUAUGGGCCACCUUGGUAAGCUGGUAGUGAAGGAGGAGCCAUUAGAGGAGGCUGUGAGUGAGAGGGACAACACAGAGACAGCCAAAACUGCGCCUGAUGAAGCUGGUGUGUGGCCAUGUGAGAAAUGCGGAAAUCUUUUCAGCUCUCGCAAAGACCUGGAACGACACCAGGAGCUGCUAUGCCACAUCAAACCAUUCAUCUGUCACAUCUGCAACAAAGCCUUCAGGACCAACUUCCGCCUUUGGAGCCAUUUCCAGUCUCACAUGUCGACUGCUAGCGAACCUGGAGCCAAAGAGAUCGAGAGACACCCAUCUCCUCUGUCUCCCUCCCCUCCGCUGACCCCUCAGACCUCAGACCGUCCCUCCCCACAGGCCUCUGUGCUCAAAUCCACCCAGGCGGCUCCGGUCGUUGCAGUGAUGGCUGAGGAGUCCAGCAGCCCAGAGCCCUGUAGCUCCUCGGUGAGCAAAACGAAGAAGCCAGACCUAGAACGACAGCCCAGCAGCCACAGCCCUCUGUCGAGGUCCAACAGCAUGGAGAAUCCAGGCGGCUCUCAGGAAUCGGACACGCUCUUUUACCAUGCACCGUCUCUGUCUGCCCUAACAUUUAAGAGGCAGUACAUGUGUAAACUCUGCCACAGGACCUUCAAGACAGCCUUCAGUCUGUGGAGCCAUGAGCAGAGUCACAGCCACAUGUAGGCAUCAGACAGCAGUGCAUUCCCCUUCAGAGACAAUACUUAAUCUUUGAGUAAACUCACCUCAGCCUACAAAAGGAAGACUUUGAAUGUAUAGCUUAUUCGCUUGCCUCCAAUGUCAUAUAUUCAAGUGGCCAUGUUCAUUAGAGGUGUAAAUGUGAAUGUGCAAUCAAGUGCUAGAUUCCUCUGUGAGAUGAGAUGAUUAUAAAUGGGUUAUUUUUUUUCUUUCAAAAUUAUCUAAAAGAAUUUAUCUGUUUUAAACCUCUUUUAGUUGUCUACAUGUAUUAACUAUGUAGGUGUUUUGGGAAAACAAGGUACAGAGUUGCACCCCUCGUCACUUCAGCUGUCCUACUUUUGACAAAGUCACAGCAACAGAAGGGACAACUAUAUACAGUGUUCUCUCAAAGUGUGGAAACAGUGCUUUAAAGUUUUGGAGGCUGCAGUUCAGUUAGUGCUUUUGCUUUUGUAUCAGAUCUAUCGCUUGGUGUGAGUGACAUCCCUUAAGGUAAUAUUGGUGGCCUCAAAAAUGUAUUUAAUAUGCACUUUGUUGAACAGUUGGAUUCUGGUUAGUCUGAAAUGUUUGCUUGGUUCAUUUAGUAUAGAGCCCGACCGAUAAUGGAUUUCAGGGGCCGAUGCUGAUACAGAUUUUUGGAGAGUUAAAAAUCACUGAUAUUGAUAUAUCAGUUCAUAUUCUUUAUAUAUCUGUAUUUAUACUUUAUGUAACAGUAUUUGUUAGAGUAAUAUUGAGAAAGGAAAAUGGUGAAAUCAUUGUUUGUUUACUUUCCAGCAAUGUAUUUCACAAAGAAUCGCUCUGCUGGACAAACUGCAUGAUGUACGAAUUACCCCAAUUCUCUUUUUAUGCAUUAGGAAACUUUACAAAAAGAAAAGUUUUCAUAUUAUCGGACAAUGCCCAUAUAUGCCCAAUACUGAUACAGCUACAACAGGCAAAUAUCAGCCAAUAAUACCAGCCAACCGAUAUAUCGGUCGGGCUCUAAUUUAGUGUCCAUAACUGAGGUUCAGGCUGCAGGAGUAAAAAUAAUAAAUAGGCUCAAAUGUUUCUGUUUUGUUUCCUCAUGCUUACCAUUAAUCUGUUUUUUAUUUAUUUUUUCUUUUAUUUGAGUCUUAUAUUGCCUUUGCAUCAUUUAGUUUUAAUGAUCAAAUAAGACCUUCAGUAUAAUAAAGUUCUAACAUGCUGUACAUCAAACACACCUCAGAUGCCUGUUGUUUUAAGCAUAGCGCUUCAGUAUGCAGUUUUGAUUUACUGCUUACAAUCUUCAUUCAGUACCUACAAUGUAUCCUCCUAAUUAACAGUCAGCAGAAUUGUUUCUGCUUGAAGAAGACGGUGCAACCAUCAGUCAUAAGGUUCUACAAGGUUUUGGUUUCUGCAGGUAAAUGACUAGGAAAUCUGAAUGUUGCUGAGUUUUCUAAAAGGUGCUCAGACCAGUGUGCUGGGAAUCACAGCGGCUGUCUGAGGAAAUAAUGGGCUGGAUUGAUUUGAUAGCAUCCUAAAGUAGAGACACACUUGGCCCUCACAUAGACUGUAUAGAAAAGAAGGAUGUACCCACUGUGACGUCACUCACUGGUUUGUGGUCUACAUUUAUAAAUCUGCACCCUCCUAGUCGCCAUCUUGGACCUUUUAGAGCCAGAAGGGGCCAUAUUUGGAAGAGAGGGCAGAUCUUUAAAGGAGUGAGGGGCGAGACUGACUGAAAACCACAGGAUGACUGCUGCUCUGCUUCAUGAAGCAUAUGACCACUCUUGACAGAAUUGUCAGUCAACCAGCCAUGCUGUUUGCAGGUCAUGCAGUUUGAGGCUUUCUUUCUAUUUAAUUUUGAAAUUAUUUCCAGAUGGACUACCAAAACAAUAAUCAGAAUGAGGGAAUUUAAUUUAAAAAAAAGUCAUAAUGACUGGUAGAAAAAAAUUGUUGACUUAGCUUUUCAUGAUGAUUUUUGAAUGGGAGUCAAUAGGAGCUAGAGUUUUUUGGAGCCAUCACCUAGCAAUGAUCAGUCAUGUCACACUUAAGGCACUUCUGCAUUGGCUUCAGUUUCAGAGAUGGUUGCUACAUCCAAUUUUUUCAUACAGUCUAUGUGUGGUCUUGAGCAAUGUCCCACCCACAGCACUAUCUAUUUGGUCACAUGACAUUAAUAACAGUCGAUAAUACUGAAGGAUAAACAUUGAAAAGUUAUUGUUGAAAUGAACACGUGAAACAAAUUGAAAUUUCAUAUUUACUACUAAUGUAUAUCUGUUUCAAAUACUGGUUAUUGGUCUACUUUAUCAAUAUCAAUAGUCUGUAUCAGCCUUGACAAAAAACAUAUUGGUCGACUCCUAAUAGUAGUUUGAGUAUAUUAGUCAUUGCCACAACUUCUUAAUCGCUAUAGUCUGCCACAGUACAGCACCAGUGUUAUGUAAAUACACUGACAGAGUUUGCAAUUCAACACAUCUGGUAAUUAACUAAGCUUUACAGUGCUUUGAUGGCCUUAUGCAACUUUAAAAAAAAUAUUUUGUCAAUAUUAUUUUACAUAAAAGCACAAUACAGUUUCAGACAACUUAUGACUCAGGCAUUUUGAGGUGAUGAAGUCAAGAGGAGAGAGAAAGCUAAUCUUUUAUUCUCUGAAUGGUGACAGUGUUCCUGCUUCCUGAAGAUUUAUUAUAAAAGAUUGUGUUUUGUUUUACAAUUGUAUUCUUGUACAAGUAUACUGUAUAUUUCUGCUUCGGCUUGAUGGGUUAGAAAUUUGUCAUAAAUUAUUUCGAUUGCUCCUAUUUGGGAGGAGUCAAAGAGACCUCCACACGAAAUAUGGGACUUCUUUUUCCUCUAAAUGGGCAAUGUAAGCUGCAUUGUGAUGUUAAAUUCUUUGCAGAAAUUCUGUAUUGAUAAUAGUGCUCUUAAUUUCUUGUGAGAAAAACUUUCUGAAAGUUUCACAGAAAUGAUUAGACUUGUGCACAUGGAAGUGUUUGUAUUCUCGAUUUUGUACCAAUUUUGUUAGUAUAAAAAAGUUUUAUCUUUUUAGUAUUCUGUGCUCUCACUGCAAUAAGUAAUAUUUGUAUCAGCUUUGGUUGCAUUAUUGUUGCUUUUGGAGACUUGCAGCUGUUUUGUGUUUAGGUUUUUCUACAGUUUUUGUGCUUCAUUUCUGUAAUAAAGAGUAACAAUGGAGUAUAUAUACAA